AUGACAGUUACUUAUACUUCCAAAGUAGCUACUUCCAAAGGUUUUGGAUGUUUUCUCAAGGUGCUGUUCAGAUGGCGCGCAAGUAUUUACAAACUAGUCUGGACCGAUCUAAUUGUGUAUCUCUUCAUGUAUUAUUUACUGUCUGGGAUUUAUCGAUACUUAUUAGACAAUAAACAGAAGGAGACAUUUGAGUCUCUAGUGGCGUAUUGCAACCAAUACAAUGAUUUACUACCAUUAACGUUUAUCUUAGGAUUUUAUGUUAGUAUUGUAAUGACUAGAUGGUGGAAUCAAUAUAUAACGAUACCAUGGCCCGAUUCUAUCGCAGUUUACGUAUCAGCUUUUAUAGACGAUAAUGAUGAACGCGGACGUCUAAUACGCCGAACAAUUCUUAGAUAUGUUUGUCUGUGCUUAACCAUGGUUUUGGCAAACGUUGCACCACGCAUAAAAAAAAGAUUUCCUACUUUAAAGCAUUUUGUAACAACUGGGUUGCUACUGGACACCGAAUUGUCAGUAUUUUAUGAUAUUCACAAAAAAUGUUCAAAACCGAGUAAACAUUGGCUACCAAUAGUUUGGGCAACAAGCAUUGUAACUUACGCUCGAAGGGAAGGUCGAAUAUGCAAUGAUUUUGCGGUAAAAACUCUUAUUGAUGAACUCAAUCAUUUCUGUGGCAAUUGCAGCAAAAUUUUACACUAUGCCACAAUUAGUAUUCCUUUAGUAUAUACUCAGACAGUAACUUUAGUAGUAUACACAUAUUUUCUGACGAGAAUAAUAGGCCAUCAGUGGAUCCAAACCUCAGAGUCAAACUUUGAUAUGUAUUUUCCAGUAUUCACAGUAUUACAAUUCGUUUUUUACAUGGGUUGGCUAAAAGUAGCUGAAAUACUAAUCAAUCCGUUUGGCGAAGAUGAUGAUGAUUUUGAAGUAAAUUGGAUAAUUGAUCGUAACUUACAAGUAAGUUACUUAAUCAUCAACGAAAUGCAAACUUCAUUGAGUACAAUUGAAGAUCUAUUAAAGGAAAGUGAUGAUCUCAUCAACCAUUUUAAUACAGGACAAGAAAAAAUGAGAGAGGAAGAAAUA